AUGGUUUUUAUCGCUCCAUUCAUCGCUGCUGCCCUUUCCUUUGGCUUCGCAUCUGCACUUCCUCGACCGGACAGCUCUAUUAAUGAGCCCGCUGUCUCCGCACCAAACGGUAUCCCAAUAACGGACACCUCGGGAGUCGCCUCUAAGACAGCAAUUUCAACCCAGGCGAGCUCUACUGCUGGCAUGUACCAAAAAAACUCUGGUUCCAGCGAUAACUCCGGAAGCCAAUAUGGAUCUGGCAGUUCCUGGAUGUCUUCCUCUACUAAGAAGGACACCGCGACCUCGGCAACACCUGUUGCAUCCUCGACACCUUCUUAUGGCUCAGGAACAUCUAACUGGGGUAACUCUGGCUACAACGAUUGUGUCCAACAAUGUGUCGCGUCACAUGGUGCUGUACCAGCCCCGUAUCAGGCCACAGCAACUUCAAACUCUGGUGGAAGUUCCGGAACUGGUGCCACCCAUACAGUGAUCGUUGCUCCGACUCAGGGUGUGCUGAGGUAUAUUCCGUUUGCUGUUAAUGCUUCUGUUGGGGAUACUGUCAAAUUCAUGUGGGGAGCUAAUAACCACACCGUCACUAAAUCAUCGUCCCUUCUGCCUUGCAACCGCUCCGCAGACGCCCUCUUUACAUCUGGCAGUCACGACAAGGACUUUGUCUUCACUCAAAUUGUUAACGACACCAACCCAACGUUCUUCUACUGUGCUACCCCCAAUCAUUGUCAGAAGGGCAUGUUCGGGAUCAUUAAUCCACCCAGCGCUCUUGGGUCUGCUACAUCUGUCUCCGGAAUGAUGCAAUCCCUCAGUGCCAACAGUCCCAAUGUUGCGGCAUUUGUUGCCGAUUCCUCUAAGCAAACUGCGAACAACGUUGCAGCGUCCAAGUGGGGCGGAAAUAUUGACAUGGCAGCCCUCCCCGAAUGGUCACACCAAUAUGUUGCAGAGAAUGUUCUGUAUACUCGAAACUUCUUGGCGGCCAACGCUGAGGUUUUGAAAGAAAGUGGUGCCGUCGACCUCAGCGCUGCAGGGACAACUCCUUUAAUGAUCCCUCAAGAUCUUAGCGCCGCGCUAAUAAACGCGGCUCCAUCCCCGGCUACUGCUGCACCCCCUACAAAUACUGAAGCUGCUGCGCAAACGGCAUCGACGUCAGCGACAACUGGCGUGGCUUCCAGCGGCGGAGUUUCGAUUUCUCCCAGAUUCACCAUCGGUGUCUCCGUCGUACUCGCGAUGGUUUUCCUGUUGUGA